AAAGUCAUGCAGAGAUUGACUUUGUCCAUGCCUCUCUGACAACCUUCAACAACAUGACUGUGAACACCACACACGUUCUUCUCGAGGUUGGAAGGUUGUCAUCACAGGUUGUGUCUGGUGGGCCCAUCUUCAUAACAGAAUAUGUGGUUGUUGAGGGAAACUGCACCGAGGGUCCCUGCGUGCCUCUCAACGAUGCCAUGGCUGCUCGUGGGAUUUGUACAGCCAAAGGUACAAUCGCCCAGCACAGUGUGGACUGCAAGAUGUUCUCCACUCUGAUUCCCAUUGUAGAUGCCAACAGCACUGCAGCUGCAGACCCCGUCCUACCACCAGUGGUUCAUGUGCACACACACGGCCUGUCACACAAGCACGGCCACAGCCACCACAAACUGACGGCUCUCCACAACCCCCAUCAGAGCCUCUUAUUAUCUGCAGAGUCAGCUGAAGUUGUACCUGUCAUCCCUGCUGCUGCUGCUCCAGCUGCAGAUCCAGCUCCAGCUGCAGAUUAUGAUUCAGCUGGAGAAUCUUUGACGAGUAAGGAGCCUCCUCUUUUCUUCAGGAAGAGAGAUGUAUCUGCUGCCAUCAUGGUUGAUGCUCCUGCUGUUCAAACAGGACCAGUUUCGCUCGUGCCAGUCUGCCCAGGAAGAGUCAGAUUCUUCUAA